AUGGACAGCGCUAUUGUGCACAUCUACAAAGAGGACAGGUGCGCCUCGGCGCACCCGGAGGACUGCGUGCCAAACUCCACCUGUCAGCCCGGCGCCCCGCACGCCUUCGACUCCUCCGCCAACGAGACCUGGGAGGCUGCAGCCGAGCCCAUGUCGCCCAUCAUCCCCAUCAUAGCCGCGGUCUACUCCGUGGUGUUCGUGGUGGGUCUGGUGGGCAACUGCUUGGUGAUGUAUGUCAUCAUCAGGUACACCAAAAUGAAAACAGCCACCAAUAUCUACAUCUUCAACCUGGCUGUGGCCGACGCCCUGGUCACCACCACCAUUCCCUUCCAGAGCACCGACUACCUCCUCAACUCCUGGCCCUUUGGCGAGGUGGUGUGCAAGGUGUUCAUCUCCAUCGAUUACUACAACAUGUUCACCAGCAUCUUCACCUUGACCAUGAUGAGCGUGGACCGCUACGUGGCCGUAUGCCAUCCCAUCAAGGCCCUGGACUUCCGCACACCCGUCAAAGCCAAGCUCAUCAACAUGCUCAUUUGGGUGCUGUCGUCUGCCGCCGGGAUCCCUGUCAUGAUCCUGGGCAGCACUCAGACCAACAAUGGAACAACGGAGUGCGCCUUGCAGUUCCCCGACCCCUACAUCUACUGGGACACCCUGAUGAAGAUCUGUGUCUUCAUCUUCGCUUUCGUGGUGCCCCUCAUCAUCAUCAGCGUCUGCUACACACUGAUGGUGUUGCGGCUUAAGAGCGUUCGCCUGCUGUCUGGAUCCCGUGAGAAGGACCGCAACCUGCGGCGGAUCACGCGUCUGGUGCUGGUGGUGGUGGCUGUCUUCGUGGUGUGCUGGACGCCCAUCCACAUCUUCAUCCUGGUCAGGGCGCUCUCAACUGAAGUGCCCGAGACCACGGCCGUCAUGGCCGCAUACUUCUUCUGCGUGGCGUUAGGCUACACCAACAGCAGCCUCAACCCCAUCCUGUACGCCUUCUUGGAUGAGAAUUUCAAGAGGUGCUUCAGGGACUUUUGCUACCCCAGAUCCCGGGGAGCCAUGGACAGCCGGGGCGUCAGGAGCAUGCUCCAACACCAUUCCUGCCCUGCAGAAGUCCAUGGAGAGGGAAGCCAGGCCAGGCCUGUAUGA